AUUCCCGAAACUUUUGCAUUGGCGCUGCUGCGCUCGAGCUUUUCUCAAAGUUUCAUCCAGGUUUUGUCCUUGUUGAUCCUGCAGAUACUGAAAUCGUCCUGCUUUUUCGAGCUUUCGUGUGGGUGUAGUGCUGUAGUGUCGUGCUUAGUAUGUGAUGGUGGGUGGUAGAUUAUAAAUAGCCUUUAUUUUUUUAAAAUUAUUUUUCUCUAGUCUCCUAACAAAAUGUCAGAUUUAUUUAAAUCAGCGUUCGGCUAUUUUAGCAGCAAUAAUUCAGGGCAAGAAAAUGAUUUUGUGGGACAAAUUGUUGAAAUUGGAAAUGUAAAGCUUCGUGUUAAAAGACUGAUUGCUGAAGGAGGAUUUGCAUUUGUAUUUGUGGCUCAAGCAUUAGAUACGGGUAAAGAGUAUGCAUUGAAGCGUUUGAUGGCAGCAGAUGAAGAAACAUGCAAAAAAGUAAUUCAAGAAGUGAAUAUCUUGAAAAAACUAUCUGGUCACCCGAAUUUAAUUCAAUUUAUGUCUGUAGCAACUAUUGACAAGAACUCCUCAGGUCAUGGAAUGACAGAGUUCUUACUUUUAACAGAACUUUGUGUCGGUGGCAGUUUGGUGGAUGUCCUUUCAAAUUUAAGCUCUCCGUUACCACCAGAUAUUGUAUGUCGUAUUUUUUGGCAAAUUUGCCAAGCUGUUCAUCAUAUGCAUUCGCAAUCUCCACCAAUCAUUCAUCGCGACCUAAAGAUAGAAAACCUGCUGCUUAGUUCUGAUGGAAAACUCAAACUGUGUGAUUUUGGAAGUGCGACAACCCAAGUUUUUCAGCCAAAUGAUAGUUGGUCAGCUCAGCAAAGAGCCAUGUUGGAAGAUCAGAUUGCACAGUGUACAACUCCAAUGUACCGAGCUCCUGAAAUGGUUGACACAUGGAAUAAUGGCAUGAUCGGUCCGCCGAGCGAUAUUUGGGCCCUAGGAUGUCUUCUGUUCACUUUAUGCUAUAUGAAACAUCCAUUUGAAGAUUCAGCAAAGCUUAGGAUUCUGAACGCAAAUUACACAAUUCCCCCGGGUGAUGCAAAGUAUGCAGAUUUCAAACCUCUCAUAAAAGGCUGUCUAGAGGUCGACCCACUGAAAAGACUGAAGAUUUCUGAACUGCUUGAAAGAGUAGUUGCAAUUGCUGAAUGCAGAAACGUCAAACUAAAAGAACCACUUAAGCUGGAAGGCAAGCGACUUGAUGCUAACGGCAAACUAGGUACAGGAAUGAACACAAAUCCUCCUAGCAGUCCAUCUCGACCUAGUAGAGAGCCACUUCCAAGACCUCCACCGCCUGUUUCAAGGCCUCCGCCUCCUCUUAGUAAUCAAGCACCACCUUCGACAAACAUUCCUCACUCAUUUCCCAAUGCUUAUCCUUCCAAUCACCCUUCUGUUCCGAGCGAAGGAGGCAGUCUGUUUUCCUCUAUCCGCGGAGGUGCAGGAAGUUUCUUCAAAAAUCUGAAAGAUACCAGUAGCAAAGUUGUUCAAAGCGUUCACCAGAGUAUGGCUAGAAGUGGAGUUGACAUCAACUACCUCACUUCAAGAUUAGCUGUCAUGCCUUAUCCUGCUGAAGGGCUGGAGCUCACAACCAAAAGUAAUCAUGCAGAUGAUGUGAGAGCACUCCUAGAAGCCAAGCAUGAAAUGGUCCAUUACUGUGUUUAUAAUGUCUCUGGCAGAGUUUACCCGGUCAACAGGCUAGGUAGAGGAAGGAUUAUUGAUUGCAGCUGGAAUGCGACAAUCAAACGAUCUCCCCCUCUACAUUCCCUUUACAAUAUUUGUCAAGACAUGUACACAUUUUUAGAAAAGGACCCUAAAAAUGUCUGCAUAGUACAUUGCUUGGAUGGUAAGGCAAGUUCAGCUCUUCUAGUAAGCUCUUUCUUCAUAUUCCUAAGAUUGUUCUCCAAUCCAGCGGAUGCAUUGCAAAUGUUUGCCGUGAAAAGGAUGCCGCCAGAUUUACAACCCUCAGAAAUGCGUUAUCUUCAUUAUUUUAACGAUGUCUUAAAACCCUCGCCUUUCGUCCCGAAUCCGCAACCCCUUAAGCUUGUGUCUUUGAUCAUGCAGCCAGUUCCUCUGUUCAACAAAGUAAGGGAUGGAUGCCGGCCAUAUGUUGAGGUGUACCAAGAAGAUGAACGACUCUAUACAUCGCAAACUGAAUAUGACAAAAUGACAGUUUUCAACAUUACUCAUGGAAAGAAACCUCUGUUACAGAUAUCAAUGGCGCUAAAUUUAACGGUGAUUGGAGAUGUAACAAUUGUAAUAUAUCAUGCUCGGCAUGUUCUGGGCCGCGUUACUGGAAUCAAAAUUCUUCAGCUACAAUUUCAUACAGGCUUCACAGCUGGGAAUACUUUGAUUUUCAACAAGUCUGAUCUUGAUGAGUUGUCUGAAGGAGAACAUUACCAAAGCGACAGAUUCUCUCUCACUUUGAACGUUGAAAGAUCGAGUGCAGUCAAUGCCCAGUUUCCUACACCUUGGAUGAAUCAUAGCUCCAAAAACUUGAAUCCAGCUUUGCUUUUCUCUUCUAAAGUAGAGGAAGAAGAAAUUAGAAAUUCAUUUGUCCCGAAAUCAGUGGCUCCAGCAAGGCCAAGCCCGCCAGCCAGGCCGGCUCCUCCUGCUCAUUCUGAAACAAAGGUGCAAGAAUUCGAAGAAAAGAAGGCUCCCAAAAACUCAGCUGAAAUGGAUUUGUUGAACCUGAGUCAGUCAAACCACUCUCAACAAGGUGGAGUAGACUUACUUAACAUUUCCUCUGAUAGUAGAAGUCACUCCAGCAACAGAAUUGAUCUCGUAGAUGUAGACUCCUCCUUAAAGAAUGAUCUUAGCUCCAAAGUAGAUCUUUUGAAUAUAGGAGAAGAUGUCAGUAGUACAGCAGCACCAAUGGCUCACAGCAACAUUGAUCUCUUGGCUGAUUUUCAGAGCACUCCAGCUUCUCAGAAUUCUACCGCUAAUCCAGACUUUUUUGAUCCCUUCAGUUUGAGUAACAAUGGAGCUUGCGGCCCCCAGCCAACUCCUUUCGUAUCUCAACCAGCAAAAGACCCUCAAAUAGAUUUGUUCGGAGACUUGGGAGCUGGCUCGGGGCAGGGAUGGGGUUCGGCAACUUCGAUGCCUCGGAAUAUCAGUACACCAAAUUUAAAUGCCGAUCCUUUCGCAGAUCUAACAAACUUAGGAACAAAAUUAGGAGCAAGCCCAGGGAAUUCGCCUUCUCACCGUCCCAGUAGUUGGAACACUCAACACAUCCCCACAGCCACUCCAAAACUCUCACCCAUGAAUAGUCCAAUUCAUCAGGCAAAGUCACCAUGUGAGCCAAGCUACAGUCGUUCACACUUUGAGAGUGUUAAUAAACCAGAAACAAAACCUCCAAAUAAAUCUGGAGACAUCUUUGGCGAUUUGCUGGGAAGUCAAGGUUAUGCCUUCUCUAGUAAAAAAGAUGCUGGGCCCCGUACCAUCAACGAAAUGAGGAAAGAAGAAAUGGCAAAAGACAUGGAUCCAGACAAAUUAAAGAUUAUUGAGUGGACUGAAGGCAAGAAGAAUAACAUUCGCGCCCUGCUGUGUUCAAUGCAUUCUGUUCUAUGGGAAGGAGCGCGAUGGCAGUGUGAUAUGGCACAGUUGGUAUCUCCUGCUGACGUUAAGAAGCAAUAUCGCAAGGCCUGCCUCUGUGUUCAUCCAGAUAAGCAAAUUGGAACUCCUAAUGAAAAUAUCGCUAAACUUAUUUUUAUGGAAUUAAACAACGCUUGGUCUGAAUUUGAAAAUGAUAAAAGUCAGCAAAAUAUCUUCUCAAAGUAGGAGACUGGCCCUCUUAUUGGAGGUGAAAUGGUUUUUCGAAUUGUUCUUGACUCUGUGAUAGUAAGUUUAUUUUACAGUUGAUAGUAGUAAUAUUCAGGUUCUUUGUCUAAUUUUUUCGUGGGGAAAAGAGGAUCCUCAGCUAACUGUUGUUAUUACCAUCAGCUUUAGUGGAAGUUUACUUUUUUUCCUGCUAAGGUCAUCCAGUAAAUUGACUCCCUUGAACUUUGAAAACGUCCUUUCAUUUGCAGCAAAAAUUACUAUUCUUCUGCUUAACACAUAAUGGUUUUUUUUCUUAUUACUUCAUUUUGUCCAAUUAAAACAUGAAGUAUCUAUAGUUUCAGCUCUCUGAUUUGAGGCCCCUCACCAAACCUUACCAUUAACCCUAUCAUUACCGGUCUAAAUUCUGCGUGCGCUCUUCGCACCGCAAUUGGUUAUCAUGCAAACAAAAGGUAAUGUCCCUCUUGGUCAUCCAAAAAAAAAAAUAACUGCAGAGUACUCUGUCAAAAAGUGGCUACAGUUGUAAUUUAGAUUCUCCUCAACAGAUAAGAGCCACAAAUAAGAGUACUUCUGAGUGGAGGUUGCGGAGUUAAUUAAUGGUGGAGAUGCUGCAGGAAGGGUACAAUUUUGCCGAACACAGAUGCUGCGUUCAUGGUUAUGGAAGGGUUAAUCAAAGGUAGAUUUUUUAUAGCAGAAGAGUGUUAAGUGUUAAUGAACUGAGUUAAGAAUGCAGAAUGUAAGAAUGCCCCCCCCCCCUCCAAGUGAAACCCCUCCAUUUUGUCUUUGAAAUGAAGGGAGUUAAUAAAUGCAUAUGAAUAAUUUUCUUAUACUUUCAUUUUUGUAUGCACUGGUGCAUAAUUUUCUUUGAAAGGUGCGGCUCGUCAAAAAAAGAAGAGAAUUGAAAUUCCUUGAUGUGAUGAAAAUCAUGAAAAGAAAACUCACGGCUUCAAAUUGAAAGACUUUGUCUUAAGGUCAUAAAUUAAAUUAAUAAAUAAUAAAAAAAAGAAUGUAUUAUGUGAUUUCAUAAAAACUUGAUUUUAUUCUCCCAACUAAUCAGCUCCUCCAUUAAUGUCUCAUUCUUGACGCCGCUGUCAUUUUUGCCUUAUUAUUUUUAUCUGUUAUCAUUAUUGCAUCGAUCAAUUUGUUGUAUCUAUUUUUCCUCUUGUUUUCAUUAUUUUACUUGGUGCAUAGAAAAUUCAAAUUUGAUGAAAUUGUGUGUAGCUCACAAAAUAUUCUUAUUUAGGUUAGAUAUUUUUCGAAUCGAAGUAUGAAAUGCUUAUAAUUUACUUUAUGUUUGCUUGAAAUUAUACUCUGCGGUCAAGUAUUUUUUUUUUUUUUCUAAAAAAAAAAAAAGAAGGAAUAAUCCUCAUGUAUUCAUGUAAUAUGUUUGUUAUUGACAUCAUCCCAUAAUUUAACACUAUUUCAUCUCGUCAUCACCCAAAAUAAAGUUCAAUUCCUGAAAUUUGCCACUUGAUGAAUGUUCCUUACUUCUUAUGAUCUGAAGAAACUGUAAAACAGUCUCAAAAUGAGGUCUGCAAAAAUGAAAAAUCGUAAAAAAUUUUGGUCCAACUCUAAGUAUCAAGAGAAGCUGUGAGUAUUUAUCUUUUUUCCGAGGAGAGUUUUAGAUUUAGUAAAUAUUUCUGAAAGAGUACCUUUUUUAAGGAAAGAGUUACGUUAGCUUAUUUCUAAGCAAUAAAAGUAGUAUAAACCACUUUUAAGUCUCGGUGUAAGUCUAAUUGUCUUGAACAUUAUUUGAUUACCGGAAUGGCAUCCAUGGUCAGAUUUAGAAUUGGAAAAGGGCCUCAUGGGUUGGCCCUCUCUUCUCAAUGAAAGAAGAAAAAAUACCAUAAAUUGGCAAACGUUACAAAAUGGUUACCAAUAACCGUUUUAAAGUCUUAUUUGUCCCUAGGUAGAUAAAUUCUUCAGGAAUGUUCUUUUAGAUUCAGUGUGCAUUUUAACUACUUGUGAAUAUGAUCAGGUGGAGGCAAGCAUUUUUGCACGAUUAUUUCCCAUACCUGCAGCCUGAUAGUUGAAAUUUAUGUUGGCAUAACAAGACAUCAAAAAUCGAUCGAUCACAGAGUACAGAUGUCUCGUCCUAUCUUGCGGUCAAAACCAAGCUAAAGUUUCAGCAAUCAGGCUACUGAUGGAUGUUAUUUCCAGGUUGUCCCAGAACUUUUUCUUAUCAUGAAAAAUUAGUGAUAUUGUAGUGUAACAUUAUCCAAGGAAAUCCUGCCUGUUUUUCGAGGAGACAGAAAAUGUUGCAUUCCUGAACGAUUUGAGGGCUGACCUGUAUCAUGUAAAGUCAUUUAAUUUUUUGUAAUUACUCUUUUCUAUUUUUUUCCAGCCCUGUAAGGGUUGACUUUUCCCAUUUAUUUUUCCAUUAUGAGUAUCAUUUUAUCAAGACAGUAGUAUUUAGCAUCAAAUUAUCAGUCAAUGCUCAUUUCAGAAUUAUUUCUUACCCACCACACUGAUGUGUUUCCAAUCAUUCGUUCUUGUGUCACCAGAGAUACUUGUAAUUAAGGACAACAUUUGGUGAGCAAUUGAAAAAACUCAAAAACCAUGGUCAGAAAAUGUUUACCCCAAAAUUUGUACAGUCGCUGUCAAUGUGCUGUUAGAUUGACGACACCAGUUUGCCUGUCAUUGAUGUCAGUUUGCCAGUGUCAGUCCCAUGAGCCUGAGACAUGUCAGUGUCUGGUCCAUGAGCUCGAUAUGACUGGAAAUAUGUUAAUUUAGUUUCUCUGGAGAAAGUAGAUGGCAUUGAAACGAAAGAUUUAUUUUAUUCUUGUAUUUCUUUGAAUCAAGUAAUUUUUAAAAUUAUUUGGGAGUUUUCCCAGAUUUCAAUAAGAUGCAGUGGGCAAACUGUGAGAAUAGCAGUUUGCUUUGGUGUUUCCACUUAGACUUUUUUUUUUUUUGCUCUUUCAUCCAUAAAAACUGGUGUACACCCAUGACAAUCCUCGUACAUCUCUUGAAGCUCAUAAUUUAAAAAAAAAAAAAAAAAGAAGAAGAAGACUUUUACAAUGAUCUGUAAAGGUUGUACAAUGUUCUCAAAGCAAGACUAAUUGGAACACAUCUUUUAAAACCAGCUAUAAUACUCGCUUACCAGUCAUUCUCUAUGGAAUCUAAAUUCUUGAAGAUCUCAUGUUAGAUUAAGUUCAUGCUAUGGCUUUUUAAAUUUAGAUGAUUUUUUCAUGAAAAUUUUCGGGUUAAGUUCAUUUACAGACUGAUGCAUUUUAUGCUGUUCCUAUUUUUCGUGCAAAACUAAUAGAGAUGGGUUUAAGGAAAUUGUGAAAUUUCUGCUUUCAUCGCUGCUUUCCUUCUUAGUUAGCCCUCAUCUUCUUUCUAUCUUUUGUUUAGUGUUUGUAGAAGACCAAUCUUUUUCAUGCUUUUCAGUUCAAAACUUGUUGAAUUUGACUAAUGUAAUGACAUCUAGUAUACUGCAAUUCUUGUGUAAAGAAUGAUCCUUCAUUCAUUUGUUAUGAAAGAAAAGGGUUUUUUUUUUAGCAAAUGAGCUGCUUUUGGAUUAUUAAAAAUGUUAAAGAGAAAUAAAAAUUGUGGAGUCAUUUCUUAUAGCCCAUUACUUUUGAAGUUCUAAAGUUUUGAACUUUCUUCUUUUGUUCUCAAUUGUACCUUUACAAGUACCUCUUAAGUUUCUCGUUUAUCUUCGCUUUUGUUCAUUUCCAACGACAAAAAGCUUUAAGUCCAUAAAAUAGAACAUACCUACCUAUUUUAAAUAAUUUGUGCAAUUUUCAACGACACAACCCAUUGUGUUUUUUCGCAAUGAUGAAAGUGUUUAAACUUACGCUUAUAUCCAUCAUAAUGUAAUUUAGUUUAAUAGAUUACCAUAUUUUUGAUUAGUUAUGCAUUUAAAUAAUUCAUCUAUUUUGAAAAGUGUCUGGACAAUUUACCUGCCAUGAUUUCUUGCCAGUUAAGUUCUUGAGAACAGAUUAUUACCAUCCAUUUACCAGGCUGUUCAUCUGUCUUGGAAAGAUGACUGAACGCUUCUCCUGUGCAGAAGUCAUCUCACAGAAUUUUCCACAAUUUUGUAUCAAAUAUUUUGUCUUUAAUUUUGGAAAUAAGCUAUCAUAGACUCAGUCUUCUGAUGUAUGAUAAAAAGGAAUCAAAGAUAGCACAGAAUUGGAAACAAAAAUAGCGAGUCAUAGUUUUGAAAAAAUGAGUUUAAUUAAUCUUUCACAGUGGACAAUAAACCGUUCAUUAAUUAAUCGUGCUGUUAAUGAGUUGUCUGUAAAUAACCAUUUGGUUUCAGAAUUGAUGAAUUGAAGUUGUAUCAAAAUCUUUGUAAACUUUGGCUGAAAGAAUCAUCAUGUAAUAUUUGUCAGUUCACACAUAUUGUUGACUUGUUAUCCAUUUUUGUACAUUAAAUUAUGUUAAAUGUAAUUAUUUUCUCCAAGAAUAUUUAACAUUAAAUGUGAUUCAUUAUUGAACCUAAUCUAAAAAUAAUUUUCAGUUGAAUGCAAAUUACCUAAAGGUUAAAAGGAAAGAUCCUUUCUCAUGGUCAUUUCUUCGAUUUUGCACCGCAAAUUGAAAUAGGAUCCAAAUACGUAAUUUUUACGAUCUUUGAAAGUGUAACUACUUAAAGUUAAAGUGAAAAUUAUUUUAUUGUUGAAAUUCUGAUGAUUAUUAUUAUGUACAUUCAGCGAUUAAAAUUCUAUUUGUUUAUGCUCGAGAAAUAAAUAAUAUUGCAUUCCCA